GACAGACACGUAUCACGUUAACUUGCAGGAUUGCGGAGCAGAUUCCUCAACAACUCAGAACCGCACAGAAACACGUAAUUGUAUUUAUGAGUAGGUUGCAGUUUUUAUUUUAUUUAGGGUCAAUUAAGAUAUUGAUCUAGAGACAACAGCAGCGCAGUGUUUCCCUCGCUGCGACAGGUGUCUGGGCACGUCCUUCACACCUGACGUCCGUGUCUGCAACUUUACCAGGAAGUUUUUCCUAAAUCACAUGACGCUGACGUCACGCGGAAUGCGGACCACAAAUGCAUAAUUGUCCGAAAUAACUGACCCGAAAACAAAUUGACAGAGCCGCGGGAGCAUGCCUCGUCUUCUCUGCUGCUGCUGCUGCGUCCCCAGGCAAAACUCCGGGGACGACGAGAGGCAGCCUCUCCUGCAGCCCAGGGCAUCUGAUCUGAAUGAAGCAGGAUCAGCCAGACAGAUCCCACCAGCAAGCAGUGCUCAGACCAUCAGGCGGAUUGCCAGUAUGGUGAUGAGGCGAGUGGGCGUGCCAGAGUUGGACCAGAGGUUUUCCGACGUGGCCGAGACCUUUAACGAACAGCAGCAGAAUUAUGAGGCCAUGGUCCGACACAUCAGCAGCCUGCGACAGAACUGUGACUGUGGCCACAGUGACACCCUGGCUAUUGCUGAAUGUGUGGGGAAGAUCAGAGAGCAGCACCACGCCACAUACAAAGUCUCCCUUAAGAUGAACGGCUAUGACUUCUCCCUCAGUGUGGUCCCCGACAGCAAUCGCGAAGAGGAGCCACUGCCUCCACGUCUGAAGUUAGCUCAGGAUGAGCUGAGGGGCACCUCUGAGAGCGCCAGAGCCACCAUCUCAAGGGGCACCACACUACAAGAGUUGUUCGCCUGGCUUCUCCGCAGCAGGGAUCAAAUGGCAGAGCAAGUGAAGGGGGCCGCACCAUCUUACCAGGAGCAAGGGAGACUGAGUGAGAACCUGGAGGAGAACAUGAGGGAAGUGAGGAGGGCGAAGGAGUUGUCGGUGGGAUACAGACAACGAGCCGGAGAAGUCCUCACCGAGGCUGCACAGAUUGCAGGGGCUAAUUUGUAGUUGAUGCAGAUUUUAAAUGAUUUCAUUGAAUCCACUUAUUAUAUUUUAUGUAUUUGAUACCUUUACAAAGAUUAUACACACGCUGUAACACUCAUGGGUAUACAAUUUAGAGUAGUAGAAAGGUUACUGCUAUAGCUCAGAUUAAACCAAACUUAUUCAAUCGCAAUCACAGGAACAGUCUGAGAAUAUUUAAAUUGCACAAGGUUUUCAAAUAUCAGUAAUCAGUAUUUCUACCCUGACAACUGCAGCAACAUCAGGAACAGGCAGGUGCACAGAUAGACCCCUAGUGGUGCUCAAGCACUGGCCCUUUUGCCCUGGAUGAGAAAAGUGCCCUUCUGCUGGAGCCGAAUUUUUUCUUCAUUCAUCAAUAUUUAAGAAUAAAAAUUACUCUCUCUGUCAUAAUUUCCCCCCCAAAUGUGUUUAGAUAUCUGACAGGGCAUUUAUUUAUCUGACACUCCUCUCAUCCACCACUGUAUUCUUCACUCCCUUUCCUCAUUCACCCCUGAUACGCCAACUCAUCAGCCAAUGAGAGCCUGCCAUCCCACAAAACCCUACAGCCAUUGGCCUAGAACUGUCACGUGCCCCACCCCUCUACCUGUUCACCGACCCUCAGGACAUUUCAAUACUUUCUCCUCAGGAGAGACGCUGUCUAAAUCGAAUGCUUUUACCAUGUCGUUGCUCAGUGCCCGUAAAAUGUCCGCGAUGUAGCCUAACCGAAACCAACUAACUCGACUUCGCACUACGUUACCCAUCACUCAUGGCACACAUAUGCAGACCAAACAAGCAACGUAUUCCAAGUGUUUUCUUCUCUGGCCAGUGUCUCAGCUCCGAACCGUAGUUGGGAGCUCAGCUCACUGGUCAGGGCCGCCCUGGCAAUGUUGGCCACCUAGGCGAGAUUUCAAAUUGGCGCCCCCCAACAUACACACGCAAACUGUCAUGCAUCCCCAAUAACUUUUGGACUGUAAACAGAUGCACACACAGGCAGAUAAAUUUGUAAGCUAUAAAAAACAAUAAAAAUAUAUAAUACAAAAUAUCAAAAGAGUCCUGUACUGAUAGCAUAUCAUGUCAUCACAAAUAAACAUUAAUGAUGUCCACAAUCGGGGUGAUUCUUACCUAUAUAUUGUUCUUUCUUCUCCUCUACUUUGCGAUGCUUUCUGAAUUGUGCACCAGAUAAUUUAAUCUUUUUUUUAUUCAUCUUUGACUCUAACUGCAGUCUAUCACCGCAGCGUGUACAUCAGGGACACACCUGAGACAGAAGCGCAAAUUCUCACCAAAUGUCCCUACUAUGCUGCCAAAAUGAGUAGGUUUUCAUACCUCUCUUUGUGUGCAUCAUGCUUCUAUGAGGAACUGUUGUGAAGUGAAAUGAAACUCCCUUCUUUUUUUUCUGUUCAUGCUGAAAUAAAGUGGAUUCACUUGG